CGGGCCGGGCUGCUCCUCCUCGCCCCCCGCGGGAACGGGGCCUGCCUUGCUGUAACAUCGGGUUACGGAGGGGGCCGCUCUGGCUCUCAAACGCCGUGUUUUGGCGUGUCAUCUGCACGCCGCCCGUCCUGGGUGGGGUGCAGGAGGGCAAGGGCGUGCGGGAAGAAGGGGCUCCCGCCUUGGCCCUUCAGGAGGAGAGCCCAGCCCUGUUGGGAAGGGCUUUGCCCGCAGAUGGGAAGCAGGACUGUGUGUGCGGGGCGUAGGGCAGCGCUGCCUGGGCUCCAGCGACACCUCUGUGCUCUGGGACGGCCCUUGCUCGAGCCGGACGCUGCCCCUACGCCGUGGUCGCCCGGCAGUGUGAUGCGCUGUCCCGGGAAGGAUGACCCCCCCCACUCCCGGGGGGAUCCGCCGCUGCUCGCACCUCGAGUGUCAGCAGCAGAUAGCGGCGUUUUAUUUGGAUGUCUUCGGCGUCCGCGCCUCCUGUUGCACCUUUUCCAAGUGUGACCCCAGUUCUCCGCCUGGCAUGCAGCGGGAACUGCCGAACGUUUGCCGGGGUGCCGUCGGUGUGCCCCGGGCCAGGGCAGCAGUGCCCCUGGCUGGGCAGCGACUGGCCUCGGGGAGCACAGGAGGGAGCACCUGCACCUGUGUAACGGAGCGGGGAAAACAGACAUACCCUGUUCAGUGCUCGCUGUGUGAUCCAAAACCCGCCACGUCACCUCGUACCUCAGUUUCUCCAUCUGUGGAAACUAAGGUGAUGAUUGAGUACCUGCUUGAUGAUGUACCACUGAGGCUUAAGUCCUUGGAGGUCCUGGAUCAAGGGAGGUGUUGAGAGCUCAUGUGCACAGUGCUCACAGACCAUUAUUCCAGGCUCCGAGUCUUCAUGCUUUACUUAGAUGACCUCUGCAUCUCAAAAUUGCUUCAGAGUUUUUCCCUACAAAGAAGAAACCCAAGACAGCUGAAAACCAGAAGGCGUCUGAGGAGAAUGAGAUUACUCAGACGGGUGCAUGCAGCGCCAAGCCGGGCCUUCCCUGCCUGAACCUUGAAGCUGUUCUGUCUCUGAGCCCGGCCCUCAUCCACUUUCCACAUUCACCAACAAACCUGCACGCACACACAGGGUCAUCUGAUUGUAACAUCAGUUGCAAGGGGAUGACAGAGCGCAUUCAUAGCAUCAACCUUCACAACUUCAGCAAUUCUGUGCUCGAGACCCUCAACGAGCAGCGCAACCGUGGCCACUUCUGUGACGUGACGGUCCGCAUCCACGGGAGCAUGCUACGCGCCCACCGUUGUGUGCUGGCGGCUGGCAGCCCCUUUUUCCAGGACAAAUUGCUGCUGGGCUACAGUGACAUCGAGAUCCCCUCAGUGGUGUCAGUCCAGUCUGUGCAAAAGCUCAUUGACUUCAUGUACAGCGGGGUGCUGCGGGUCUCACAGUCAGAGGCCCUCCAGAUCCUCACAGCUGCCAGCAUCCUGCAGAUCAAGACUGUGAUCGAUGAGUGCACAAGGAUUGUCUCGCAAAAUGUGGGAGAGGUCUACCCAGUGAUUCAGGAUUCUGGCCAGGAGACACCCAGAGGAACACCCGAAUCAGGCACCUCGGGGCAGAGCACCGACACAGAGUCUGGCUACCUGCAGAGCCAUUCACAGCACAGUGUGGACAGGAUCUAUUCGGCCCUCUAUGCCUGUUCCAUGCAAAAUGGCAGCGGGGAGCGCUCCUUUUACAGUGGAGCUGUGGUCAGCCACCAUGAAACAGCCCUGGGACUCCCCAGGGACCAUCACAUAGAAGAUCCCAGCUGGAUUACCCGGAUCCAUGAACGGUCGCAACAGAUGGAGCGGUACCUCUCCACCACUCCAGAGACCACACACUGCCGCAAGCAACCGCGCCCUGUCCGAAUUCAAACCCUGAUGGGCAACAUCCAUAUUAAGCAGGAGAUGGAGGAUGACUAUGACUACUAUGGCCAACAGAGGGUGCAGAUCCUUGAGCGCAAUGAGUCUGAGGAAUGCACUGAGGACACUGACCAAGCAGAAGGCACUGAGAGUGAGCCCAAAGGGGAGAGUUUUGACUCAGGCGUCAGUUCCUCCAUUGGCACUGAGCCUGAUUCCAUGGAGCAGCAGUUUAUGGCUGCUCUGGGCCGGGAUGGGCAGCAAGAACCUUCUCAAGCAGAUCAAAAUGACGUCCCUGCUGAUGGCACUCAGCCGCAGCAGCAGCAGCAACAUGUAGAUGCCAACUCUUCCUCACCAGAGAGAAGCAAUGACGUUGAAAUGGACAGCAAAGUGCUCACAGUCAAUAACAGCACCGAAAAGGGGGCUUUGCAGCCUUCUGUCAACACAACUGUUGCCCAACCAUUGCCAACCACACAGAUCUACUUACGCCAGACAGAAACCCUCACCAGCAAUCUGAGGAUGCCACUGACUCUGACCAGCAACACUCAGGUCAUUGGCACAGCUGGCAACACCUACCUGCCUGCCCUUUUCACCACGCAGUCUGCUGGCAGUGGCCCUAAACCUUUUCUCUUCAGCCUGCCCCAGCCUUUAGCUGGCCAACAGACACAGUUUGUGACAGUGUCCCAGCCUGGCCUGUCAACCUUUACUGCCCAGCUGCCAGCCCCACAGCCCUUGGCCCCCUCUGCGGGCCACAGCACAGCGGGUGGGCAAGGCGAAAAAAAGCCUUACGAGUGCACUCUCUGUAACAAGACUUUCACCGCCAAACAGAACUAUGUCAAGCACAUGUUUGUACACACAGGUGAGAAACCACACCAAUGCAGCAUCUGUUGGCGCUCCUUCUCUUUAAAGGAUUACCUAAUCAAACACAUGGUGACGCACACCGGCGUGAGGGCGUACCAGUGUAGUAUCUGCAACAAGCGCUUCACCCAGAAGAGCUCCCUUAAUGUGCACAUGCGUCUCCACCGUGGGGAGAAGUCCUACGAGUGCUACAUCUGCAAGAAGAAGUUCUCCCACAAGACCCUGCUGGAGAGGCAUGUGGCUCUGCACAGUGCCACCAACGGCACGCCUGGAGCCACCGGCACCGGCGCGAGGGCUGUCCCCGCCGGGGUGGUGGCCUGCACGGAGGGGACCACGUACGUCUGCUCUGUCUGUCCAGCUAAGUUUGACCAAAUCGAGCAUUUCAACGACCACAUGAGGAUGCAUGUGUCAGACGGAUAAGUAGAAUCUCUCUCUCUCUCUUUGUUAUGAACAACAAAAAUAGAAACAACAAAAAAAAAAAAGAAAGCUAUGGCACUAGAAUUUAAGAAAUUAUUUUUGUUUCAUUUUUACCUUUAUUUUCCUCCUUUUUUUGGGUUCAUUUUGUUUUGUUGUUUUUGUACUACAUGAAGAACUGUUUUUUGCCUGCUGGUACAUUACAUUUCCGGAGGCUGGGUGAAUAAUAAUUUUCCCAGCCUCCCUCGGAUGGUGGCCUUAAGGCCAGGUAGUGCUUCAUGAGCUCCACUGGUUGGAUCUCUAGCUACUGGCCUCUAAAUACAACCCUUCUUUACUACAAAAAGCAAACAACAAAAAAAAAACCACAAAAAAAAUUAAAAAAAAAACAGACAGAAAAAUAUUAAAAAAAAAAAAAUCUUUUUUUCUCACUUGUGAAGAGCACUACAAAAAAAACAAACAAAACAAAAUAUACUACAAAUCUACAAGGCCUACUGUCAUUAUAAGUACACCGCUUGCAGUGUUUCAAUGGACAUAAUUCACAUUGCUGACCGCUUUUGGACUUCACAGUAUCCAGUUAGAACUGUGGAAUAUUUUGCUUCUGGUUGAGCAGCAACCAGAGGAAACAAGGCCCUGCUGGUUUCCACCACGAGUCUGCUUUUUCACACACACACGCAUCCACAAACACACAAAAGGGCUGAGGGGAAUGCGAGGCAGUGUGGCUUGGAUAGUGUGGAGUCCCUGGAGGGUGAGGAAAAAGAAUCAGAGGUUCCUCACCUGGAUUCUGCUCCAUCCCACGCUCUCUGGCGCACCCUCCCCGCUGCUUUUCUCGUACCACCACCACCACCUUAUAGCAGAAACCAAGAAGAUUCAGACAACGAGCAACGGUGGCUUUUUGUAAUUUAUUCAGUGUCUUCGCUGAGCACAGGGCCUCAGCACAAUCAAGAGGGACUUUCACAGAAGGCAAAGAGAAACACAGAGGAAAAUCAAAGAUAUCAGAGGUUGCAACCUAUGGAUCUAGGUACAAGAGAAGAGUUAGUUCCCACAGUCUUUGCAAAAAAAAAAAAAAGUUGCAUCAGGAUUUAUUCUUGUGGAAGAAA